AUGUAUUUCAUAUGUAUUUCUGGUCUUGUGGAGCAAUCAGGAAUCAAUGACAGAGAUAUUGUGCUGAAUCUCUGUGAGAAACAUCUGGCGAUCAAACCACAGGUCAUUAAAACACGUCGUAUUGGCAGCUCAAGGCUAUGUGUUACCUUGUCCGGACCAUCGGCAGUAGAUGAUUUAAUAUUCUCUUCCAGGAUCCUACGUUCAAAGCCUGAUACGAGGAAUAUUUUUAUAAACUUUGAUUUGUCAAAAAGACAGGCAGAACAAGCUUACAUCAAGCGCCAGGCACGACGCCUUGCCAAAUCAGCCGGUGACAAAUCUAAAGCGGAGGAGACUGAUAAAGGACAGCCCUUUCGUUAA